AUAUCUUUGCCGGGAUUUACUCGAGCCAAACCUUGUUGCCUGCUGAGAAGCAGACAACCUGACGGUAACGGCGAACCGCUUCCGUUUAUUCACAGCCUGUCAACCGCCUCUCCUCCUCCGCUCCCUUUAGAGUAGUAGUAUCCUCACCAGUAACCGCUCUUGGAUUCCUAGAGAGAGAGAGAAGAUGCGUCAGUGCUAAUUCCGAGCUCGAACCGUCGUUUUGCGGUUGCAGAUGAACUGAAGCUUGGGGGAUUGAAACGUCGAAGCUAAGAACAAAGGAGAAGGAGAUGUUCGAGCUUGAUCGAUGAUGAUUUGAAGGCAACUUGUAUCAUCUAUACUGACGACUCGUAGUUUCAAUCAUGACAAGUGGAAUGACAUUUCCUAUGCAAAAUUCCUCACAUGAAGUAGAUGAACUAUACAGAGAGUUAUGGAAGGGCUGUGCAGGUCCACUGGUGGAGAUCCCACGCGAAGGAGAGAGAGUGUUUUAUUUUCCACAAGGUCAUAUGGAACAGUUGGAGGCUUCCACAAAUCAAGAAUUAAAUCAGAGGAUUCCUUUAUUCGAUCCUCCAUCCAAAAUUCUUUGUAGUGUUUCUCACAUUAAGCUUAUGGCUGAGCAAGACUCUGAUGAAGUUUAUGCACAAGUUACUUUAAUGCCGGAGCAAGAUCCUCAUGAGCCUAAAAGCCCUAAUUUGAGUCCCACCGAACUUCCAAGGCCUACAGUCCAUUCAUUCACAAAGGUUUUAACUGCAUCCGACACGAGUACUCAUGGGGGAUUUUCAGUCCUUAGAAAGCAUGCUACCGAAUGUCUCCCUCCCUUGGACAUGACUCAACAAACACCAACACAGGAACUGGUAGCCAAAGACCUUCAUGGCAUGGAAUGGAGAUUUAAGCAUAUCUAUCGAGGUCAGCCUAGGAGGCACUUACUGACAACAGGAUGGAGUACCUUUGUCACCUCCAAGAGAUUAGUUGCUGGAGAUACUUUUGUCUUCCUGAGGGCAGAAAAUGGUGAAUUACGUGUUGGUGUUAGACGGAGUGCUCGCCAACAGAGUUCUAUGCCAUCUUCUGUGAUUUCAAGUCAGAGCAUGCAUCUUGGGGUGCUUGCUACUGCUUUACAUGCUGUUAACACUCAAACCCGGUUUGUAGUUUUUUACAAGCCAAGGACUAGCCAAUAUAUCAUAAGUUUUAACAAAUGCCUAGAAGCUGAUAGUAAAGGAUUUGCUUCUGUUGGCAUGAGAUUCAAAAUGAGAUUCGAGGGAGAAGACACUCCUGAGAGAAGGUUCACAGGAACAAUAGUUGGAGUUGAGGAUCUUUCACCCCAUUGGAAAGGUUCUCCAUGGCGUUCACUAAAGGUCCAAUGGGACGAACGUGCAUCCAUAGCAAGACCUGAUAGAGUAUCCCCAUGGGAAAUAGAGUCUUUUGAGCCAUCUAUUCCUUCAAACGUUCAAUCAGCUUUAACAAAGAACAAAAGACCUCGACCACCAAAUGAAUUUCCAUCACUUGUAGACUCAACGUCAUCAAGUACAUCAGUUGUGUGGAAUCCUUCUCAUCAUCAGCCAGUACAGCAAACUUUCAGCCAUGAUAAUGUUCAUAAGAACGUUACUUCCAAUGAUGCAGAAGAUAAUAAGACUCCCCUUACAUGGUCUAUCCUUUCAGGGCAUCCCCCCAUGGCCAUGAUAAACUCUGCAGAAAAAAAGAGCGAUCAUCUGACUGAUCAGAAUUCCGAAACAAUUUCUUGUUAUCGAUUGUUUGGAGUGGAUUUGAAAAGUUCUUCGGUUAGUGCUUCAGCUGAGAAGGCGUCCGAUGAUAACAUAGAAGAAUGCAGGCCAAAUACUGUAUUAGCUAUGGAAACUGGCCCGGAAUCCAACUUCUCUAAGGAUUCCAGGGAACAAAAUCAAGGACAAUCGCAAUUGUCCCUAAAGGAGAUUCAGAGCAAGCAAAUUUCCUCUUCUAGAAGUCGAACCAAGGUCCAAAUGCAGGGAUUUGCAGUGGGGAGGGCUGUGGACUUGAGUGGUUUGAAAGGGUAUGAAGAGCUUAUAAAUGAAUUGGAGGAUAUGUUUGAAAUCAAGGGCGAGCUAUAUCUUCCAAAUAAAUGGCAGAUAGUGUUCACUGAUGACGAAGGGGAUAUGAUGCUGAUGGGUGACGAUCCGUGGCAGGAAUUCUGUAAUAUGGUGAGAAGGAUUUUCAUUUGUUCUAGCCAAGAUGUUAAGAAAAUGAGAGUUGGAAGCAAGCUUCCUCUGUCCUCUUCUGCUGACAGCGAAGGGACUAUUCUCACCAUAGAUGCAGCCGAAAGCUAGAUAUCGUAGUAAGUUAAUUUUGUUCUCUCUUUUCGUUUGUUAUUGUUUUCCCUCGCAUUGGAGAGCUUAAUGUUCAAAGGAAACCUAAUCAUGUGGUUGUGGCAUGGCAGUGCGAGGAUUUGUAUUUGUGUUGGGCAGCAAAGAGUCGGUUAGUACGUGUUUAUAUUAAGAAAUACUUGAUCUCUGCUGAAUUCUCUAUGUAAAUAUGUAUUUUUUUUACGGUGACACUUUGAUCUUUCUACUGUUUCCCUUCGAUUUUUCAUUGGGGGUAUGAUCAAAUUUAUGUGAAAUUUGUAAUGAUUGAAAUCUAAGGAAAACAU